CUGACGGUGGCAGCACAUAACCUACUGGUUGACGUUAUCAAGAAAGGAAAAAAAUACCGGAAGAAGGACGCGGGCAUUUCAUUUGGACUGUCACUGUGUGGUGCAUAUAUGUCACAGUCAGCACAGCCCGGCACGAUGCCCACAGCCCCGGAUUCCCCAUCUCUGAGCGUCACCGUCAGCGGGAAUGUGCAGAAAUACAGCAUCAAGAAGAAAAAGAUCUUAAAUGCGGAGGAGACUGAGCUGUUCGAGCUCACUCAGGCUGCUGGGAUAGUCAUUGAUCAAGAGGUGUUUAAGAUCAUAGUGGACCUGUUGAAGAUGAACGUUGCUCCUCUGGCAGUCUUUCAGACCCUAAAGACCAUGUGUGCGGGGCAGAAGGUCUCUGAAGCGUCCACUGGUGACACAUCCACAGCGUCCCACACCACCGCUGCCCCUUCAGAGUCUAGAGAAGAAGAAUGUGUGGUCUCAGGAAAAAGCUCUAAAACUGCAGCCCCUCCCUCUGCACCGGUGUCCCGCCCCCCUAGGGGAGGGGCUAAGAUAGUGGUCUACAGCACGGGUGACACAGGCGCUCCUAUCUCUCAAGUGCGUAGUAAAACAAGUUCAGGGCAAGGGGAGAAAUCAGCGAGAGACGGUUCUAGCCAGCGAGUGCCACGGCAGGUCAGUGCCACCAGGGGGCAGAAGAGCGCCAAGAGCUCUGGCAGCAGCAGCUCAUCCUCUCAGCUCACCUCCAACUGAAGUUCUUCACCAAUUAAACAACACAUACUAAACUUGCUUGAAUUACACUCCUAUGUUCCGUUGAAGAAGGUUCCUGUACGAUUGGCAGAAACUAUUUCACUGUAAACAAGUUGCGUCAUUUUAGGGAUCUCCUUGGGGUUGUCUUUUGUGUUGUCUGAAAAACUCUUGCUUUGCAUGAAAUUUGCAUCUCACCCAGGGAGACUGUAGUUUACACUUUCACAUCAAGACAAUUUCAGAUAAACAAAGUAAAUCUUUUUCCAUCUUUAAACCUUCCUCUUCUGAAAUUCAGUAGCUUUGAUGCUGCUGUGAUGUGAACCAGAUCUGUUUUAAGUUUUUCUUGUGUAAGAUACUUAAAUAUGCUUUUUUUUUUUUACAUUAUUUAUUUUUCUUGUAUCCAAUAUUUUCCAAAUACGUCUCUGCGUUUUGAGUAAAAAUAUAAAUGAAAUGAUUGUAUUUUACAGUUUAA